AGAAAACGAUAAAAAUCUACACAGUUGUAUUAUUGUAUUGGAUUAGAUUUGUAUAAGAUUUAUUUAUGUAUACAGUAAUCUGCUGCAAAUCUUUUAAACAUUUUAGUGAUUAGAUACUUAAGCAAUUCCAAGUAUGAGUCCAGUGGAGAGUGCUCCUGUUGCUGUUUUAAAUUGCAUUGAUGAUUAUGUUGAAUUGUUGUAUGAUGAUAUACCAGAAAAAAUCAAAGGAUCUGCUCUUAUUCUACAACUAGCUAGAAAUCCCGAUAAUUUAAUUGAGUUAGCAAGAAACGAGGCAUUGUUGAGUGCUCUCUCAAGAGUGUUGAGAGAAGAGUGGAAAAGGAGUAUUGAACUAAGCACCAACAUUGUGUAUACAUUUUUCUGUUUUUCAACAUAUAUUGAAUUUCAUUCAGUUAUAAUACAGUACAAAAUUGGGUCUUUGUGCAUGGAUGUAAUUGAUUAUGAACUAAAAAGAUAUGACCAAUGGAAAGAAAGAGUUGAAGGCAAGAAACAAGUGCUGACACCUGAUAAGAAUGAACUGCCAAAAAGCAGAAUUCCAGAACCAAAGCGCCGCCCUAAAUCUGGUACUUGGACUGUUGCUGAUGUUAACUUACAAAAAACUCGUCAGUUGGUGUCCAGUUAUCAUGAAGACUUGUGCAAUGCCUCUGAUGAAUAUCUCUCGAAAAAUGAUGAAGAACAGAUGAAGCGGAAAUUAAAGACAUUAUCUAAAAGACAGGAACAGCUUUUAAGAGUUGCUUUUUACAUGCUGUUAAAUAUUGCUGAUAAUAUUAAAGUUGAAGAAAAAAUGCAUAAAAAAGAUAUUGUCGGAUUACUCAUUGGUGCAAUGGAAAGACAUUCAAAUAUUGAUCUCCUUAUCCUGAUUGUAUCGUUUCUACAAAAGCUAUCUAUUUUUGUGGAGAAUAAAAAUUCGAUGGCAUCCAAAGCGAUUAUUGAAAAAUUGGCACCUCUACUGGAUUCCCCCAAUGCCGACCUGGUCAAUGUUACUUUGAAACUUCUUUUUAAUUUAACAUUUGACACGAAAUUACGCAACAAAAUGAUUAAACUUAACCUUUUACCAAAGUUUAUACAAUUCACAAGUGAUGACAAACACAUUAACUUGGCAAUGAAAAUACUUUAUCAUUUGAGUAUGGAUGACCGUGUGAAGCUGAUGUUUACACAAUCUGAUUGUGUUAAAUUGUUGACGGACAUGUUGCUGCUGAACGUGAACAGCGAGUGCGGGAUGGAGGCGGAGGGCGGUGGGGGCGCGGGCACCACUGACGUGCUGCUGGCCGUGUGCGUCAACCUGGCGUGGUGCGAGCGCGCCGCGCAGCAGAUGGCCGCAGAGGGCCGCCUGCGUGAGCUGCUCGCGCGCGCCUUCCGCCACAGGAACGCCAUGCUCAUGAAGCUAGUCCGCAACCUCUCACAUCACACACACACCAAGCCACUCUUUGUCGAGUUCGUAGGUGACAUAGCCGGGGCGGUGACCAGCGAGGAGGCGCCCGAGGAGUUUGUGAUCGAGUGUCUCGGCACUCUGAGCAAUAUUCUGUGUCUCAGCAACAAUAUCGACAUUUAUGCUGUUGUCGAAAGAUACAAUCUUAUACCGUGCAUAAUGAAGAUUUUAGAUCCAGAGAACGAGCGGGACCCGGAGCUGGUGCUGGAGGGUGUGGUGGCGGCGGGCGCGCUGGCGGCGGAGGAGCGCGCGGCGAGGGCGCUGGCGGCGGCGCGCGGCGGACACGCGCUGGUGGAGCUGCUGCGCCUGCGUCAGGCUGACGACGAGCACGUGCUGCAGACCGCCUUCGCCUUCCGCCAGAUGCUGUCGCACCUCGCCGCAGCAGACUACCUCGUUAAUCAAACCGAAGCACCAGCCUACCUUAUUGACCUGAUGCAGGAUAAAAAUGUCGAAAUACGAAAAAUGUGUGACGCGUGCCUGGAUAUUAUUUCUCAAAUGGAAAACGACUGGGCGGAAAGAAUUAAGGUGGAGCGGUUCCGGUGCCACAACGGGCAGUGGCUAUCGAUAGUGGAGACGCUGGGGGAGGGCGCGGGCGCGGGGACGGGCGCUCCGGACGCCGCUGACGACCUGCCGCCAUACCUCUCCGCGGACUAUCUCACCACGCACCGCCUCACUACUGCAGAUUCUCAAAACUCACUUGAUGAUGACUCUGACAGUUUAUCUGGUGAAGGGGACUUCAAUCGUAUGAACAGCAGGAAUACUUCGGAUGCGCAUACAGAUGAAAUGUACGCAACGCUGGAUUCCUUAUCUGACAAGCCGUUAGACAGCAGCGCGCUCACUAAUAGCGAUUUAAAAUUACUCGCUUGAAAAUAAAGCUUUCUACUCAUUAACUUUAAUAUCUCGGUAGCUGCUUAUAUUGGAUAAGAUGAUAAUAAUAAUACUCAUCGUAAAAUAUUGAAAUUA